AUGUAUUUUCCUGAACCCGACAGAAUCUAUUACCUCCAAAGUUCCAACAUACCGGAUUGUUAUGCUACCAUCAUCCCAAGCGAUACAGCACUUCGUAGAGUACCUCUCAAUCCCGACAAGUUCUACCAGAAGGUAUUCUGCACUUUCACUGAGGUCACGGGUGCGCGCUCAUUGGGUGUAAACUCCGUCGAUCAAUUCGAACCUGUCUACACCUUCGACAACGCGCAGACCUGGAUCCUCAAGAAGUCUCUCGAGGGUUACACUAUCGGUCAGCGCUCUGGGGACAGUGAAUUUGUUUGGACCGCCAGAAAGGAAAGCGAGCCGAUUGUGAUUGCCAGGGGCAUUGUGAAUACCGAGAGCUGGAGGUUUGUACCGGCACCUGAACAAUGA